UGACUAUUCAGUACAAAUUGCGAUAAAAUGGUGUACCAGAGGACAAAAUUCAACCUCAUCAUACUCGUCAGUCUGUGCAUAUUCGGUAUUAUGAGGAUUGAAUCAGUUGAUCAUGUGCUUCCGAUGACAGUUGAUGAUUCAGGAGUAGGAACUGUGAAUUUCUUCGGUCUCAACUUUACUUUGAGGGAAAACUUGACAGUUACACUUCAAGGUUACAAAUGUACAUGGACAGUUGACUUGUCACAACCGGAUCAAGAUGAGCUAACAGUUAAACGAGGAAGUCGUAAAGGGGAUUUGUGGUGUAAACAUUGGGAUAACAACAACACGAUGAGCCAUACGAACAAAGUCGAGUGAAUGCAUGACAUGGAGACAGUCAAGCAUAGUGUGUGGAUGUGUGUGGCAAAAUUGCACUCCAUACUCAUUGUGUAACUGAAAAAUUCUUCCACCUGUGCUUAUUCAAAUACUUUGCUUAGAUAUUACUAAAUCCAGUACGCUUCACUUUCUGAAUACUCAGUAUCCUUCUUCUUCCUCCUUCUGUAGAUUAGUUCUUCUCUAAUAAAUGUAUAUUCAUAAACUCCUUUCGUGUUGCGUAACAAAUGUGAAGUGUUCAUUUAUGAUGAGACAUUGAUUGAAUAAUAAAUUUAAAUGUGGAG